AUGUUGGGAAAGAAGGCGAGUUCUCAAGCUGCUCUAGUCGUUGGUCCCCAGCCUUCUUCCCCCGUGCUGCGAAUCCGCUUACCUGCAGAAAAAACCCAAGCCCGGGGUCUUGAACUUGAAGAGCAUUUCUUUGAAAUGAAACAAAAAUUAAAUCUUUUUUAUUGCACACAGAAAAACGAAGGUCCUUUGCAGUUUGUUAAAGAAGAUGAUGGAGUCGGGAAAGCCCAAGAUGCUUUCUGGCUUCAAUCACUUAUUACUGAUGUGUUCCAUGGUGAAGGAUUUCAGAAAAUGGAAGAAUAUCUUCAGAAAGAGAACCAGUUUCCUCAAAAAUAUAACCAUCUUCUAUUACAUGAUCUUGACAGAGCAAUAAAUAAGGAACUGGACAAAAAUGAAUUUCAGCAAGUUUCACUGUUGCUGAAAUGCAUUCAGAAAUUCAUCAAAGAUGACAUCAAAGAAGAUGAGCCCUUGCUAAUUCAGCAGGGACUGAUCUCCAAGAUGGUCUCCUGGUUUGAAAGAAUAACAGGAUUUCUGACCAUUGAAAGCUUCGCUUCAGACACAUCGCUGACUGAUGUCACAGAGGACUUCUUUGACACUGCACUGAUUACUUGCAGGAACAGCAGUAAAGGGAAAACUCAAAUGUUGGAUUCCUUCUUACUUAGCUUAGGAUUCCUGGUGACAGAAAAGACUAUAAAUCACUUGAUUCAACAGCAGGCACUGAGAACUUUGAACUGCAUUUUGAGUACUACACCUCUGGAAGAGAGAAAAAAGCUACCUUUAUCAGAAGGCGCAUGCUGUGUUAUGAAAGACUUUGGAAGGACGAUCUUGACUGUGGGUGAUUAUGACCAGCAGGUUGCUCUUUCUGAGGCUUUGUGUAGAAUGACGACCAGAAUGUCAAGGGAUGAUCUUGUCUAUCAGUGGUUUGACGAUGAGAUCCUUGCUGAUGCUUUCAAAGAAAUUAAGGGCCGUGAAUUUGAGACGGAUAUUCGACAGUUUCUCAAUCACCUAAACAACAGACUUGGUGACCAAAGAAGGGUCUACUCAUUUCCAUGUAUUGCUGCUUUUGCUGAUGGGCAUGAGAUGAAAAAACCAGCAGAUGAAAAGUUAGAGGAAUUUUGGAUUGAUUUCAACCUGGGAAGUCAGAGUGUAACUUUUUAUAUUGACAAUGCUGAGAGUGUUCUGUGGGACCCAAUAAGAGUUUUGAAGGAAGCCGUGGUUAAUUUCAGCAUAAGAGAAACUGAGAGGAUGCAGAUAUUCAUCAUUUACCUGAAGAAGCCAAUUAUUAUCAGCAAGAAAGAAGUGAUGAAAAUAGAAAUUCAUUUUGAUCUGCAAUUCAACAUAACACAGGCUUCCGUUCAAGCUUUAGGAGAAGACAAACAGAUGUUGCCUGAAGAGAUGGAGAUCUCAGAACUUUUUAGAAAGUUCGAGAAACAAGACAGUGAGAGUCCUAGUAGCCAUGAAAGAGAGACAGAACAGGUAGAAGAAUCUGUUAACCUGGCAGAGGUCACCGGUGCUGGAGAUGACAGUUGCCUAAUAACUCUCAGUUAA